AUGUCAGAAAAGCAAUUUGAGGAAUCACCAUAUACUCGUGACGAAUUGUGCAAACCAAUUCAUGGCAAUUUAAUAGACGUAAACGACGCCGAAACUUGCAAUUUGCUAUGCAUAAAAUGUAACGCUUCCGCAGUAUUUGCAAACGGUCACUGUGAAUGCAAUUUUGUUGAGGACAGUAACAAAGGUGCAGAAUGCAUACAGAACAUACAAAGAGAAAUUCAAGCUGUCGAACUGAAUAUGCUUUCUGAUGAUCUAACAGACGAGGAGCGAAAAGUACGUUCUGUUUUAAAAUACAGACGUCGUCUUAGACCAGAAUCCGCAUCGUACGUGAAUCCAAUGCAGGGAGUAGAUCCUUCGAUCUUAGGAGCGAUGAAACCACCCUUUAUCUAUCCACCAACUGGAAUAUACGAUCCAACGUAUCCGGUGAGCUCAAUUUCUCAUCCACAUGGACUGCCUCACGCUUUAUUUAGAGCGGUCACAUUUCCUGCACAUCUUUUGCACCAAAUGUUACACCCUCAUAUAUACCAUCAUUAUCCUCUGCAGCAUCAUGGUAUCAUCAGAAGAACUAAUGACAACUCGAAAACAGAUCAGACUGCUGGUGAAUCAUGUGAAAAUAAUGAUGGUUCUAAUACUUCCAACGUUCCUACUACCAAAAGUAAUACAGAUAAACCUAUUGAACAAAAUGUUCUCGGACUACAUGAUCCAUCACAGCAUCGAAGAGCAUACAUCACCGAUACAUUGUACCAACCAAUUCAAUAUCAGAAUUUCCCAUAUCCAUAUGCUUCUUAUAAUCCUUUGAUGAACAUACUCCAUUCUAUACCUAAUGAUUAUUAUCUUCAACCUAUACCACAGUAUUCGCAAGAUAUAUCAUUGGAUCCACAAACAUCUGCGUCUAAUCCACAAUCUGUUUGCAAAAAUAACAAAAAUACUGGACAGAAGAAUGAAGCUUUUUCUGACAAAACUACAUAUUCAACUGGAGUAGAAAAAUCUGACGAUUCAAUUAAAAACAACAUUUCUAACGAAGAAAAAAAAACCGAGAAGAUCGAAAACAAUCAAUCAUAA